AUGAAGUCCACGCGGCUUGAACGGACUGUCAAAGAUCCAAUAAUCUUCGCAACUCUCACUCUCCUCCUCGCAAUCUUUUACCAAUGGCCUCGACGAUGGCUCAUAUCUGGCCAACCACUGCUCCAAUUCUUCAUUCUCGCCGGAGAUGUUCGUGAUUAUCGAGUCUUACCUUCAUUUCACCUAUGGCCUCUCUUCACCACCUUGCACCUGAUAUACGCAAUAUGUUCGACAUCAUGGCUCCUCUACUAUGUAUUCGCGGCCAUUUGCUAUCCGGCGUGUUUUCUUGUUUGCCUUUUUCAAUUCGUCGCCGUCGGAGAUUUUGCGAGGAAAAAUUCGAGGAGACUGCUGAAACAACUGCACUUCAUCGAUGAUAAGAUUGCUUUCUUCGACAUCCCCGCGUUGGAAAUCGAUACCGAGGUUGAUGGCUUGAUGGUUUUGAGAGGCAUCACUUUCUCGCUCAGUAGCCUCAGUUUCGUGGUUCAUGGCGUAGAGGUCGGCAUCAAGUUGAGCGAUGAUAUGGAACUCGCGAUCCAGAGUGAAAUGGUGAAGGUUAAGUUGUUCAGGGGGGUUGAGAUUGGCGAUUGCUUUGCGAAUUUGAAGGGUGGGCAGUAUGAGAUGACAUUUGGGCAGUUGGAGGGUAGCACAAAAGACGCUGAUGGGGACGCGGUCUUUGCUGAAGGUACGGCGUUGUUGAAAGCUGCGUCGAGAGAGGGGGAUACGAGGAGUUCGUCUUCGGUAGAAGUAGAAAAGGUCAAGAUGAUGGAUCAGAUGACGGACGGGAGUCCACCUGAGGAUGUUGUGGCGAAGGAGGGCUUGAAGGGAAUGAAGAAGCUGUCUCCAGAUAACGAAGAGGCAAAUGGCCGAUACCAGAAGAUGGUCAAGGUCAUUGAGGAAACGAACUGUAUCUACGAAGUUCGGCAAUACGUCAAGAAGAUCACGAAGAAGGUUCCAGGUGAAGAGAGGGGUUUCGACUCGACAGACGACAACGCGGUCAGAGCAGCAAUCUGCUCCCAGCUGCACAGUAAACCUUCAGUUCCCCACCCGCCCCAACGAUCCAUCAAAGUUACGACUUUACAAAACCUCGCACCACCAUAUAUCCGCGGCUUCAUGCACCGGCUCCCAAUGCUCCUCCGCCUCCUUCUCAAUCCACUCAAUUAUUUCCACCCCGUGAAAAUCUCCUCCAUCACAGCCACAGCCUCAGGUCGAUGGAUUGACAGCAUGCUUGUUGAGAAGGUCUUCCUAGACUACGCAGAUCAAGACCACGAAAUCGCCAAUCUCAAAAAGAGAAUUUCCUCUUGGCUCUCAUAUGCGAACUUCGCUGUUGGGCUUUCUGGAAUUACAGGGAUCGCAUCGGUUCCCUUCAUACCCACAUACGAUAUUCGCUGCCAACUCGUCUUCGACGACGUGAUGUCUUACCGCGCGUUGCCUGCUCAGCUGGACUUAAAACAAGUCAUCCGCCUCGGCGGCGCAGACGCCACUUUCAUCGUCCCCAGCUUCUUACUUCCGCACCACGAACACCUCCUGCCUCCAGUUCCAUCGAAAGACCAUAAGAGCGACCUCGAAAAGCAAGUAGACGAAGCAGACGGCAAGCCCAAAAUAAUACAAGCCGAACACGAACUCAAACAAGCAAAGAAAGACGAAACGAACGUCAAGCUCUCAGUGCACGCCCGGCUCCCCGCCUGCUUCGACCAAGAGCUCCUCGAUUUCAUCGCCGCACUCGUGAAAGCGACGAAAGUCGUAGAGAUGGAGAAGGUGAAAGAGAGAGAAGAGAGCGAUAUGGAGGAGCAGGAGGUGAAUGGGAUUGUGCGGUUUGGGAAGAAGGUUAAGGGGGGCCUGAAGGAUGGCGUUAAGAGAACGGUUGUGGGUGGGGUGGUCAAUGAUAGGUGGAUUGCGAAGAUGGUCGGGAAGGUGACGAGGAAGUUGGAGACGGCAAGGGGGGAGGUGGGGUACAGUGGAGAAUUGCCGGUGCCGCUUGGGGCGUAUAGGACGGAGGGGUGGGUGGAGAGGGAGGGCGAGAAACUGCUUCCGUAGGAGGUUGUGAGAUGGUAUGAUGGAACCUUUGUGGAGAGUUGUGUCAGCGAUUGGAAGGAAUUCGUUGUACACAAGCCGCCAGUAAAUGCUAUGU